CUUUAACAAAUCUACAUACCAGAAUCGAACACACCACUCUUCUUCUUCCUCCGCUUCGCUUCCACCAUCAAUGGUGGUUACCGCCACCGUCAAAACCCAUUCAAUUCUCUAAAUAUCUUCAAUUUCAAUUUUCACAAUUCAAUUCACACGUUCACCUAAUCCCCAAAUCCAAUGUUGAAGCUCAUUUCAUCCUCUUGCAUCCACCGCCUGAACCCCGCCGCGGUUCCGGUUCUCCGACCGGCAUCUGACUCCGCAUCUCCGCUUCUUAGAGUGUUGAAUUCUCUCGGCGGAUUGAGUCGGAGUAAUCGUUAUUUGGGAGGGAGGCUUUUUUUCUGUUCGGAGUCGGAAUCCGGCGACGGACCCGAUCAUGUGGUUGAUGCUGAAGCUAAAGCGGCUGAGGAGACUCCGUCAAAGGCUGCUUCUUCUGCUAUUGUCUCCACCUAUCCCAGACCCGAAGAUUACCUCACUGUUUUGGCUUUGCCGUUGCAACAUAGACCUCUUUUCCCAGGAUUUUACAUGCCAAUUUUUGUUAAGGACCCCAAACUGUUGGCAGCUUUACAGGAAAGUCGAGAUCGACAAGCCCCUUAUGCUGGUGCCUUCCUCCUUAAAGAUGAGCCAGACUCUGAUCCCAAUGUAGUAUCUAGCUCUGACACAGAAAAGAGUGUAUAUGAUUUAAAAGGAAAAGAGUUGUUUAACCGUCUUCAUGAAGUUGGGACUCUUGCCCAAAUUUCAAGUAUCCACGGGGAUCAAGUGAUCCUGAUUGGUCAUCGACGUCUGCGCAUAACAGAGAUGGUUAGCGAGGACCCGCUUACUGUAAAAGUUGAUCACCUCAAGGAUAAAGCUUAUAACAAAGAUGAUGACAUCAUAAAGGCCACAUCUUUCGAGGUCAUAUCAACACUAAGGGAUGUUCUGAAAACAAGUUCUCUUUGGAGAGAUCAUGUUGCAACUUACUCUAAGCAUAUAGGUGAUUUUACAUAUCCAAGGCUAGCAGAUUUUGGAGCCGCAAUAUCUGGGGCUAACAAAUUGCAAUGCCAACAAGUUCUUGAAGAGCUAGAUGUGUAUAAACGAUUGAAACUUACACUCGAGUUGGUAAAGAAAGAGAUGGAAAUCAGUAAGAUUCAGGAAACAAUUGCGAAAGCAAUUGAAGAAAAGAUAAGUGGCGAGCAGCGCCGUUAUUUGUUAAAUGAGCAACUUAAGGCCAUAAAGAAGGAAUUGGGACUGGAGACUGACGACAAGACGGCACUUACAGGUAAAUUCAGGGAAAGGAUUGAACCUAAGCGGGAAAAAUGCCCACCUCAUGUAUUACAAGUUAUAGAUGAGGAACUCACAAAGCUACAGCUGUUGGAGGCUAGUUCUAGUGAAUUCAGUGUUACCCGUAACUACUUGGACUGGUUGACUGCACUGCCUUGGGGUGAAUACAGUGAUGAGAAUUUUCAUGUUACUCGGGCACAAAAGAUUCUUGAUGAAGACCAUUAUGGAUUAACUGAUGUGAAGGAAAGAAUAUUGGAAUUCAUAGCUGUUGGGAAAUUGAGAGGGACUUCACAAGGAAAAAUUAUCUGUCUUUCUGGUCCACCGGGCGUGGGAAAAACGAGUAUUGGCCGUUCAAUUGCACGGGCCUUGAAUCGUAAGUUCUUCCGAUUCUCUGUUGGAGGAUUAGCUGAUGUGGCUGAAAUCAAGGGGCAUCGUCGAACAUAUAUAGGUGCAAUGCCAGGAAAGAUGGUACAAUGCCUUAAGAACGUGGGAACAGCCAAUCCUCUUGUAUUGAUUGAUGAAAUUGACAAAUUGGGCAAAGGACAUGCAGGUGAUCCAGCAAGUGCUUUGCUAGAGCUCCUAGACCCUGAGCAGAAUGCUAAUUUUCUGGACCACUAUCUUGAUGUUCCCAUUGAUCUAUCGAAGGUUCUUUUUGUUUGCACUGCAAAUGUAGUGGAGAUGAUACCAAAUCCCCUAUUGGAUAGGAUGGAGGUUGUUACUAUUGCUGGGUAUAUUGCUGAUGAGAAAAUGCACAUUGCAAGAGAUUAUCUGGAGAAAACUACACGUGAAGCAUGUGGAAUAAAGCCGGAACAGGUGGAGGUGACUGAUGCUGCUCUUCUUGCUCUGAUAGAAAAUUACUGCCGAGAAUCAGGAGUCAGAAACCUUCAAAAGCACAUAGAGAAAAUUUACCGGAAGAUAGCGCUACAACUUGUGAGGCAAGUGGAAACCAAUGAUGAUGCUAUUGAACCAAAGAAAGCUGAAGAAUUUUUUGAUGAAAUGGGUACAACUACCAUUCAAAAAGGGAACCCCGUGUUGAUAGAGAGUGGCAAUUCUGAACAUACCAAUGAAAACGCUAAACUUGAUGAGAUGGAAACAAAUCCACCGGCAGAUCAAUCUCUACGUGUUGACAAUAAAUCUACAGAUAUGGAGGUUACAAAGGAAGAGGAAGAUAAGGAAACUGAAUCAAAGACUGUUGAGAAGGUAUUGAUUGAUAAAUCGAAUUUAGAUGAUUUUGUUGGCAAGCCUGUCUUCCAUGCAGAGCGCAUCUAUGAUCAAACACCGGCUGGCGUUGUUAUGGGACUUGCCUGGACUGCAAUGGGCGGAUCCACACUGUAUAUAGAGACUAAAUUUGUUGAAGAAGGGGACGGAAAAGGAGCAUUGCAUAUCACUGGUCAAUUAGGAGAUGUAAUGAAAGAAAGUGCUCAACUAGCUCACACAAUUGCUAGAGAUAUACUACGGGAGAAAGAACCAGAAAACACUUUCUUUGCCAAUACAAAGAUUCACCUCCAUGUUCCUGCAGGGGCUACACCAAAGGAUGGACCAAGUGCUGGUUGCACAAUGACCACUUCUAUGUUGUCCCUUGCCUUGAAGAAGCCUGUGAAGAAGGAUCUAGCAAUGACUGGGGAAGUGACACUUACUGGGAAGAUUCUUCCCAUCGGCGGGGUUAAGGAGAAAACUAUUGCUGCAAGAAGGAGUGAGGUUAAGACUAUAAUAUUUCCUUCGGCAAAUAAGAGAGAUUUUGAUGAGCUAGCACCUAAUGUAAAAGAAGGUCUCGAAGUGCACUUUGUUGAUGACUAUAUGCAGAUCUUUGAUUUGGCUUUUGGUGAUGAGAAAUCUCACAAUGCAGAGAAGUAAAUCACUAAUGCCGUAGGAUCUUGAGAUGAAACGAGAUUUUCUAUUGAGCUGGGAACCGGUCUGAGUUUUGUAUUAUAUCAAUUUAUUAUGAUCGAUGAUUUUUAGAGUUUUUAUUCAUCUUGUCCCGUGUUUUGGGCGAAAUAUGUUUUUCUCUUUUAAGCCUGGUGUAUCCCAGUUGUAAAAUUUAUCUUAAUAUUUAUUCAAAUUUAUAUUUGGCCAAACAUGUUUAUUUAUUUGAUGUUAUAUUUUUGCUAA